CCCAUCCCAUGAAAGAUUCGAGAGAGAGAGAGAGAGAGAGAGAAAACGAGACUUUGUUCCAUGCCAUCACAUGAACACUGCCAAACACUUCUUAUUCCUUAUUUCUCAUAUCAAUAACUCUGACCCCACAUCGCCGGAACUUUCAUUUCCGGUCACCGGAAUCCUCCCUCACCGUCGCCGCAAUGGGAACUGUCAACAACAGCGUCGACACCGUCAAUGCUGCGGCCUCCGCCAUCGUCGCCGCUGAAUCCAGAGUCCAACCCACCUCCGUGCCGAGAAAACGCUGGGGAGGCUGCUGGAGCCUAUAUUGGUGUUUUGGAUCUCAUAAGAACAGCAAGAGAAUUGGCGAUGCUGUCUUUAUUCCAGAACCUGUUGAACCAACAGGCCCAGUUGCUACUACUGCACCAAAUCCUUCAACUGCCAUUGUAAUGCCAUUCAUUGUCCCCCCCUCUUCACCUGCAUCUUUUCUCCAAUCUGAUCCUCCAUCUGCUACUCAAUCAUCGGUUGCAUUGCUCUCUCUCACUGUCAAUACUUGCUCUACUCGUGGACCUGCAUCCAUUUUUGCCAUAGGUCCUUAUGCCUAUGAGACCCAGUUAGUCUCACCACCUGUAUUUUCUAACUUCACAACUGAACCAUCUACUGCUCCUUUUACUCCACCUCCAGAAUCUGUGCAGCUGACAACACCAUCAUCCCCUGAGGUUCCAUUUGCUCAAUUGUUGGCGUCUUCUCUACAUCGGGAUUGUAAAAAUAGCAGCACAAAUCAGAAGUUUGCAUUAUCCAAUUAUGAGUUUCAGUCUCAUUUACAAUAUCCGGGAAGCCCUGGCGCCCAACUCAUAUCACCCAGAUCAGUUGUUUCCACUUCUGGCAGUUCUACUCCUUUCCCUGAUAGACACCCAGUUCUUGAAUUCCACAAAGGGGAAGCACCAAAGCUCUUGAGCUUUGAACACUUCUCUACACGUAAAUGGAGUUCGAGGCUUGGAUCUGGAUCUUUGACACCAGAUGGUGCAGGGCAAGGCUCAAGACUUGGCUCAGGAUCAUUGACACCUGAUGCUGUUCAGCCAGCUUCACAACUAGGCUCUGGAUGUUUGACACCUGAUGGUUUGUGUCAGGACACGAGGUUGGGUUCUGGGUCUUUGACACCUGAUUGUGCAACAGAAACCUCUAGAAAUGGCAUCUGUGUUGGAAAACAGGUUUUCGAGGUAGCAUCCCUUGCUAAUUUGGAGAAUGGGUGUCAAACUAAUGCAGCAUUAGUCGAUCACAGGGUUUCAUUUGAAUUAACUGGGGAAGAUGUUGCACGAUGUCUUGCAAAUAAAUCAGGGUCUUCAUUGCUUAGAAGCAUGCCAGGGUCUUCUCAGGGUACACUGGUUGAAGACCCUAUUGACAGAGGAAUUAUACAAAAGAACUCCAAUAGUUGUUGUGAUUUGUGUUCAAGGAAAACUUCAAAUGAUAAGGCCGACGAUGCUCCUGGAGAAGGAGACGAGCAGUGCUGUCGAAAGCAUCACUCUUUUAAUUCUUCCAAAGAAUUUAACUUUGACAACAGAAAAGGUAAUGUUUCUGAUAAUCCUGCCAAUGGCUCCGAAUGGUGGAACAAGAAGGUUGUUGGAAAGGAAGGUAGAUCAAGCAACAGUUGGGCUUUCUUCCCAAUGCUACAGUCAGAAAUCAUUUAAAAGUUUAGUUCCGCAGUACAACCUAACAUGUAUGGUUCGGAACAAAAGAGUAGAUGCAUAUCUUGUGACACUGUUCUCAGUGCAGUUCAACGUGUCUCGAGGAAAUAACAGUAAAUUGAUAGGUGAGUGAAAGACAUAGGUGAGACAGCCGUUGUAGUAGUCCCUUAGGACCUAAAGUAGAAUACAAAUGGAGCAAAGUUAGUAGGGACCAAUUAUUGUGGACAUUUAAUGGGCAAUAAUGGGAAAAAAAGUAUUUUUGAACUUGGGUUAUGGAAAACUACAGCUUCAUGGAGGCCCUAGUUCCAUUAUCUGCAAUAGUUUCAUGCGUAGUUGAUGUUUUGGCUACCCCAAAAAAGAAAGGGGAAAUGAAGAAGAAAAAUUCAGUCUGGUGCCCAUCUACCACUAAGUAGUGCAUAGCCUCUAUGGACCAAUAUGCUGCUGAAAGGCUGCAACAAGUUGUUCCGGCUCGUCAUUUGGAUGUUCAAACUACAAAUUGAUUUCUCUUUUCAACCCAAAGAAAAGAAAAAUGUAAAGGUGAUUUUAUCAGAGAGGGGGACCCCUGGCCUGUGGUGCUAUGUACUGUAUGUUGGGCUUGUCUUUGUUGUUUAUUCUUGUCGUGUUAUCUCUUUUAGUUCACAAAUUAAGUUCCCUGUAAACUUGUUGGAAAAGAGAUUUUAUUCUACUCAAAUUUUCCACCAAGAGAUACGAGUAAAGAGAAAAAUAUAGAAUAAAAAGUGACGCGAUAGAAAAAAAAAAUGAAUUGAGAAAAUGUAAAAUAGUAUCAUAAAAUAGAUAACUCAAUCAUUAGAGAAAUGUUUCACUCUUCUCGUAAUAAAAGGUGGUUGUCUCUUCGUUUU